CCAGCCCACUCCCACAGGCCCAACCCUUUUCCCCCUGUAUUUAUAUCCCCCUUCCUCCCUCCCCAUCCUCUCCAUCAAAUUCUUCCCCUUCCACCUCCCUGAAAUUACCACUUUCUCCCUGGCUAUGGCUCUCACUCUGUUUUUCCUGGCUGCCCUUCUGGCAGUGGCCUCAAAUGUCGAUUGCAAUCCCACCGGAGGGUGGACCAACGCCCACGCCACCUUCUACGGCGGCGGCGACGCCUCUGGGACAAUGGGAGGGGCUUGUGGCUAUGGGAAUCUGUACAGCCAAGGGUAUGGUACAAAAACAGCAGCUCUGAGUACAGCCCUGUUCAACAAUGGCCUGGCUUGUGGAUCUUGCUACGCAGUGAAGUGUGUGGGUGACAAAUCUUGCCUGAGAGGCUCUAUUGUCGUCACCGCCACCAAUUUUUGCCCUCCCAACAACGGCCUCCCCAACACCGCCGGCGGGUGGUGCAACCCUCCCCUCCACCACUUCGACCUCUCUCAGCCGGGAUUCCUUAGCAUUGCCCAGUACAGAGCCGGGAUCGUCCCCGUCUCUUACAAAAGGGUGCCCUGUAGGAGGAGUGGCGGAAUAAGGUUCACCAUCAACGGGCACGCCUUCUUCAACUUGGUGUUGGUCACCAACGUGGGCGGCGCCGGAGACGUGCACGCGGUGGCUGUGAAGGGUUCUCGAACAGGGUGGCAGCCGAUGUCGAGGAACUGGGGGCAAAACUGGCAAAGCAACUCGAACCUCAACGGACAGGCCUUGUCGUUCAAGGUGACCACCAGCGACGGCCGCACUGUGGUGUCUGGCAACGUCGCCCCCGCCGGCUGGCAAUUCGGUCAAACCUACUCCGGCAGCCAGUUCUAAUGACACCAUUUUAAUUACCUAAUCAGUACGAGUAGUUGUUGUAGUGAGUGUGGCUGAUCGUAGUGAUUUAAAAGUGGUGUUUGGUGUAGGGUCAAAAUGGGAAGGCUCAAGUUUAAGAUAGCCUUCACCAUUAAGGUUUGUUUGGAUGCCCUGAUUUAUUACAAAGGGGUUCCAACCAAAUUCUUCUUGCCCAACUUUUUUUCUUCUUUUAUUUGGGUUUAAUUUGAUCCUCUUGAAAGAGAAAAGCAGAGGUGGAUUGUAUACCACCCGCUAAAGUAUUGUCACUUGUGGUGUGAGUGUGAAGUGUACAACUUCAUCUUGUGGUAAUAGUAUUGGUAA